AUGCCCGUUUUCGACGUCGAAUUGUUACUGGAGAAGGAAAAUGGAUCUAAUUUCAAAAUCCUUAUAGGAGAGAUCUCUGACUUGUCUUCCGCCAGGCUUCAGUACCUUACCAAAAAGAAAGGAUGGUUUGAACUGAAGGCGGAAUUUCGAGGAUGCAUUGCACUUCGAUUUGUCCCAGAUAUUCAUGCAGUAAACGCUUAUAUUUGGACUCAACAGCAGCAGCAAGUAUACGAUGCUUUGAAAGCCUGCUACUUAAGACUAGUCAAUGGAAGAUGCGCACUCUUACAACAUGAGAAUGUUCCAGCAGACACUGCCAAUGUGACCAAGUGCAAACUUCUAGAAUUUAAGAAGUUGGAAGUGAUGCCUCAACCUAUCUAUAGCCCAGUCCUUGCACCAUUAGAUUAUUAUUUUUGUCGAGCCAUGGCACAUUUCCUGCACGGACAGGGAUUCAUCAGUGUGAAUGAGGUUGGAAACGGGUGUCAGAAGAUUUUUCCUCAAAAUACAGCCAAAUGGAAUAAAUGUGGAAUUGGGCUUCUGGUAGAACGAUGGCAAAAGACGAUAGAAAUAUGGUGUGAUAUAAUUUGGUGA